UGGACGGUGAAACCCUAAUCUAAUGUAGCAGGCGUAAAAAGACGCCUGAGCGGUUUUUCAGUCAGGGUUUCCAGGUGUACCUCUGAAAACCUGCACAGAAGGCCUGAAAACUGGCCCAAAAAAUGUUUUCGCAGCAAGAGAGUAAUGUUAGUUAACACAUUUAACCAAUAAACCCUUAGCCAUAGUAUAUUGGCCAUAUACUACAAACCCCUGAAGUGCCUUGUUGCUAUUAUAAACUGGUUACCAACGUAAUUAGAAUAUACCAUGGCUUUCAACCAAUCAACAUUCAGGGCUCAAACCAUCUUGUUUGCGCAAACCCAUAACUAUAGAUAAAUCCAACAGGCGAUUUUGAGUGAUGAAAGUUGGACAGAGGAUCUCGAAAUCUCUGUGCAAGAAACACUUGGAUGAACUUCAAAAAACGAAUGUUAGGCUAUUUUCUGCUCCUCAGCCCAUUCUCUCUUGGGUCUCAGAGCAGCAAACUCCCCCUGAGCAACAGCACUGUGAGCAGGAGUGGAGUCCCGGUCUGGGGCAGAGGGACCCAGAGCCCACACAGAUUAAAGAGGAACAGAGUGAACUCAGGACCCAUCAGGAGGAAGAGCAGAUUCAAGGGCCAGAGGCUGAUACCAAAGAAGACUCCAUAUCUAUUCCUACCUGUGUGAAAAGUGACUGUGAUCAGGAGCCACCUCAGCCCACACAUCUUCCCCAAACUGUGGAGAACAGAGAGAGGGACUCUCUACUGACUAACACAACUGGACAGAUCAAAACAGAACCUGAUGGAGAGGGCUAUGGAGUAUCACUAUCAGAACCAACCAGUGACUUCCCUCAGUCUCAGUCCCUCUCUGAAAUAAAUCCAGACUGUUCUAGAACACAGAGGGAGAACACUGAAAGUGUUCCUGAUGUUCCGAGAGAUCUAGAAAGGAGACCAGAGGAGGACACACAGACACACUCAUGUACUCAGUGUGGUGCCGUGUUCUGUGCGCUAUCCCAACUGGAGGCACACAUGCUAGCCCACACAGUACCACACAGUGGUGACACUAGUCACAGGCAAAUCCUCUGCACAGUCUGUUGGAAGUCAUUCACCUCUACCAGUUACCUCAAGGUCCACCUCCGUUCUCACACUAAUGAGAAGCCAUUCCACUGUGGUGUGUGUGGCAAGAGUUUCAGCUACUCAGGGAGGUUCAGGGAGCACCAACGCAUCCACACAGGAGAGAGACCGUACCGCUGCCACGUGUGUGGUAAACGCUUCAACCGGUCUGCCCAUCUGAAAACCCACCUGAGGGUCCACACAGGGGAGAAACCCUACUGUUGUCCUGUCUGCGGGAAAGGGUUCAGUCAGUCCAGCCAGAUCAAGGGACACCUCAGAACUCACACCCGAGGAAGGUAGAAGAUGCCUUGGAGUGGAAAGAGCCCAUGAGGAGAUAGAGCCUUCUGUUCUCAAAGUACCCCCUUCUCUUCACUUCUACUCAUUCUACAUAUAAUUGUAACAUGAGAGGACUAUAGAAUGCGUAAUGUUUUGCAGACUGAGGCACCUCAUGUCUGCUGUGAUUUGAGAGAGUUGCUUAAUACAUUGCUAUGAAAAUACUUGACCCUCAUGUAUCACUAGGUUACAUUAACUAUGCUAGAGAGAAAUUAAAUGUUAAUUUUGGUUAGAUAAAAAAAAUAUAUAUAUAUUCUUGAUGAUUUUCAAUAGGAGCUGGUUGUUCGCCUUGCAAAUAAACCAACUCUGUCAUAUUGAUUAAGAAUGUUUGGGAACAUUUAUUUCUGAAUGUCUGUUUCUGAAGAAAUAAACAACUUUAGCUAGA